GGCUUAGGCCGCUGAGUCCAUUAUCAGCUUAGGAGCCAAGACAUCUGCUGCCUGCGGGACCGCGCAGAGCCCGCCGCGGCCGCCUCUCUGUCCUGUCCCGUCCUGUCCCCUCCAUGGGGCUCUGAGCCCCCCGGCGCGCAGGGGCGGCCCCCGGCCCCCAGUUCCAGGGCACAAUGGCUCAGGACAUGACCGAGAAGGAGCUGCUGAAGAUGGAGCUGGACCAGCUGAAGAAGGAGGUGAAGAACGAGAGGCAGAUGGUCUCCAAGACGGGCAAGGAGAUCAAGGAGUACAUCGAGUCCAUGGCGGGCGAGGACCCGCUGCUCAAGGGCGUGCCCGAGGACAAGAACCCCUUCAAGGAGAAGGGCGGCUGCACCAUCAGCUGACCCCCGAGCCCCCAGGACUGUCGGCAGGCUCCUGCUUCCCCGCUAGUCUGACCUCUGGCCGGCCCGGCACCGAACCCUAGCGCAGCGAAAGGGCAGCAAAAGGAGAAGAAGAAGGAAAAAAAGCACCAACAAAGCAAAAAACCCCAAAAGCACCACCCCCCCCGCAGCCGCCGGGGCGCCGCAGCUGAGCUUUGGUUUCCCACGAGAGAAAAAAGCAAAACUUCUGCAUUUUCGGGGCGUGGAUGGGGGAAACACCGAGCUGCGGCGGCUCCGAGCCUCCCGGGGAUCCCGGCUUUGUCCUUUAUCCCAAAGAUCCCAGAGCUGCCGCCCUCCCUUCCCCGGGGUUCCAGCGGGGAUGGGCUGGAAGGAGGGAGAUGCCCCCAGCACCUCCUCCAGGUCUCGCCUGCCCCUCUGGAAAACCCCUGGAAAAUCGGCGUGUGCCCGCGGUGUCACCUGGAGCCGUCCCCGAGCACACGGGGCUGCUGCUCCCAGGGCGGUUUUGGGAUGAAUUUAAUCCCCUGCUCCACAGGAAAACCCCGAGGCACCGCCAGCUCCUAACUCAGUGGGGUAGGCUUGCUGUUUGGAGCCGCUUUGCUUUUUAAAAAAUCCAUUCCCAGGGAAAAAAAAUUGAUUUUUUUUUUUCAUUUAAUCUUGGGGAAAACGCUCCCAAAACCGCCCCAAGGCCAUCGUCCCAAACGAGAGGCAGCAAUAAUUUGAAUUUCUGGGUGCCUCAGGGCGCUGUCCCCAGCCCUCUCCCACUCCUCCUGUUCCCCCAGCCCGGUUAAAUCCCGAGGAAAUCCCUCUGGAUCCCACCCGGAGCGGUUUUCCUGCCUCCGGACCCCUGCUCAGCCUCGCCGCGGGGCAAAGGCGCUCCGGACGCCCUAAAAACGGGAGGAGAAGAUGGAAAAAGUGGAUUUUCCCCAAGCAGGGAGCCACCCCUGCAGCCAGAGCCCCUGCCCUGCCCUCCCUGGCCCCAAAGCACCCCACAAGAGCCCAAAUCGAGGUGGUUUUGUUCUUGCUCGCAGAUGCUCAAUAAACCCGCCAGCACCGCCA